AUGGCGGUGGUCGACAACGAACAGGCAGAUGAAGCUGCCAAGGCUUUUCGAGCUGUAGCUUACCGACGUCUUGGAAGUAGUGUCGUCUACUUGGAGAAGGGGAACUCUGACCGUACGCUGAUAACUGCAUUCAAGUCGAUCACUAUCGCCAAGCAGGAAGCUGGCAGCGGUGCUGAUGCGGACGAGCUUUCUUUGUCUGCUGGGACGACUUUAUUCGUCAAGAAUCUGGCUUUCAGUGCCACUGCAGAGCGUCUGGUGCGAGUCUUCCGGGGUUUUUCUGGUUCUCUCGUUCGCGAGAGUAACGGACUGAGCCUGAUCCCAAACGACCUACUGUUCCUAGUGCUGAAGCCCCCAGGCUGAGUAUGGGGUACGGGCCGUACACUGCCUUCAUUGUGCUACGUACUUCCUGCACUAGGAACUCGGAGCUAGUGUUCGUG